GCUUAAUCAACGUACUAUGGUGCCAGAAAGGCGGGUUUGUAUUAGCGCUACCAUUGACAGCUGCGACAUGCCGUUAUCCUGACCAAAGCACCAUGGUGGCAUCAUGUAGUACCGUGAUAGGACACGGCUGGUUAGUAUCACCGAUGGCCAAGAGUUGCUUCUGCAUUGUAUAUUUUGUCACAAUUGACGGAUGCUUCUUCGUGCUUUUAGUUGUUAACCUAGUGUUCUGGUUAACACGGAUAUCAAUCGCCUCUGCAAACCCAUACCGGGACCUCAGUUCAAGCUGACCGUGACCCCAAUAGCAUUCUGCAAGACAUUCUCAUUACUCAGACGCUCCGAGAUUCGUUCAGCCAACGUCGCA